AUGGCCGCCAACCCGCCACCGCCAGAGAAGGCCGGCCAGGAACAGGAACAGGAAACGCAGCAGGACGGUCAACACCAACAUUACAACCCCGCCUCCCAGCCCGGGUCGAGAGAUACGGCCGCGCCCACGACUAGUUCCGAACUCAGCAACGAGAAGAAUGGCCACGUGCACGCAGACGAGGACGGGGACCGGGUCUAUGUGCGAUCCCUGCCAACCGAUCUCAACAAGGACGUGAUCGACGACAAAGAUGAAGAGCCCGUCGUGCUCGAGCGGGCGUUCAGCCGGCGUAGCGUGGCCACCCAGCCCACGGCUCACUCAACUGAUCAUCACCACCCGCAGUUCCCUCAGACCGACCUCGACCAUGGCAUCGUGGGCUGGGAAUCGCAGGAUGACCCGGAAAACCCGCUCAACUUCCCGCGAAGCCGGAAAUGGGCCUUGUUGAUGCUGGUGUCCGCCAUCACCUUCGUCUCCCCGUUGGCGUCCAGCAUGUUCGCCCCGGCCGUGGGCUUCAUGGCCGUGGAUUUCGGCGUCCACGAGGAGCUGUUGCUGUCAUUCGCCGUCAGCGUCUACCUCCUCGGCUAUGUGUUUGGUCCUUUGGUCCUGGCCCCGUUAAGUGAGAUCUACGGCCGGCGCAUCGUCUUGUGCGGCGCCAAUUGUGUUUUCGUCGUGUGGCAGCUCGGCUGUGCGCUGGCCCCCAACAUCAGCGCGUUGAUCGUCUUCCGGUUUUUCGCCGGCAUUGGUGGUUCGGGAUGCCUCACCCUGGGCGCAGGUGUCAUUGCCGACCUGUUUGACGUGGAAGAGCGUGGCCUGGCCACCUCCAUCUGGAGUCUGGGUCCUCUCUUCGGCCCGGUGGUAGGGCCCAUCUGUGGCGGCUUCAUCGCUCAGCAGGCCGGAUGGCGCUGGGUGUUUUGGGUGCUGCUGAUCGCCUCCGGCCUGGUCACUGUGGCCAUCGAGCUGCUCAACCGUGAAACCUAUGCGCGCGUCCUCGUGCGCUGGAAGACGCAACGGCUGACGAAAGAGCUGGGCCGCACUGACCUGAUCAGCUGGUACGACCGAGAAAAGGGACCACUCAGCCCCCGCCAUGCUCUCCUGUACGGACUGAUGCGGCCCGCCCAAUUGCUCUUCAAGUCGCCCAUUGUCUUGGUUCUGUCGGCCUACAUGUCCAUCGUCUAUGGCCUGCUCUAUCUGCUCUUCACCACCAUCACCUCGGUGUUUGAGGGUCAGUACCACUUCUCCCCCCAGAUCACCGGGCUCGCCUACUUGGGAAUCGGCGUCGGCUUCUUCGCCGGAUUGGCGGCCAUCGCCUUCACCUCGGAUCGAACGGUCGUCAGACUGACGGAACGCAACGGCGGCAAAUUCGAGCCGGAAAUGAGAAUGCCGCUCAUGGUCUUCUUCGCCAUCUUCAUCCCCAUCAGUUUCUUCUGGUACGGCUGGACGGCCGACAAGAAGGUGCACUGGAUCGUCCCCAUCAUCGGCAUGAUCCCCUUCAGCUUCGGCAUGAUGGGUGUCUUUUUGCCCAUCCAGACCUACUUGAUUGACUGCUAUCCCUCCUAUGCCGCUUCGGCCAUCGCCGUCUUGACUGCCACCAGGUCGCUGCUGGGCUCUCUGCUCCCGCUGGCCGGCCCGCCCAUGUACGACGCCCUGGGUCUGGGCUGGGGCAACUCCCUUCUGGGCUUUGUCGGCCUUGCCUGUAUUCCCAUUCCCCUGGUGUUGAACAAGUAUGGCAAGGUUAUCAGAGAACAUACCAAGUUGGAGCUCCGUUAG